ACGAAAACGUUGCUGGUUAUUCCCCACCGCGGCUCCGCCCACCAAUCGUCAUCGUCGUCCUCCUCAUCCAACAGAACGUCGGCGACCACAGCACGCGACUCCUCCUGUCUGAGCGCCGGUUUAAUUUGUUCUUGCGGACCAUGGACGACGGGGACAUAGAUUUCACCAAUCCGGAGACGUAUCUUUGCCCGGCCAUGGGCACCGAUCCCCACGACAGCUGCUCCAUCUCCAUGGACAGCUACUUCGACGACUUUCUGAAAGACACGGAGACGGAGCAUCUCGCAUGUACUCACACCCACGCCUGCUGCAACCCGCAUGUACGCCAUGACCUUGCCCACCACACCCAGACCUGCGUCCAUGUCCACACCAAGAUCCUCCGGGAGGAGUCGGAUGAUGUCGCUGAGACCUCGGAGUCGCCGCAAGAGACCGACGGCCCAAAGAAGAAGCGCCCGCCGGGUAACCGGGCAGCUGUGAGGAAGUACCGUGAGAAGAAGAAGGCCCACACGACGCUGCUGGAGGAAGAGGUUGCUCGCCUCAAGGCUCUAAACAAGCAGCUCCUGAGGAGGCUUCAGAGUCACUCGGCGCUCGAGGCUGAGGCGUCCAGGCUCCGCUGCCUGCUUGUCGACAUUAGAGGGAGGAUCGAAGGAGAGCUUGGUGCUUUCCCUUACCAGCGGCCUGUGAAGAACAACGAUUCGGCUGACCAGGGAAGUUUCCUUGGUGGUGGUACCCAGCAGGUUAGGCUCACAUGCAACGAGCCGCUCUACCGCAGUCCAGAGAUGCAGGCCACGACAAUAGAUGACGAUUGUGGUACGAGUGGCGAGCUGUUGGGUCAAGCUGCCGUGACAUUGCAAAUAACCAGUGGCUCCCAGGUUUGCCAGAUGAUGUAAAGAGGUGAAGGCAGGACAUGCCGAACAGCUUAUCUUCGCUUUGCUGGGGACUAUUGGUUUCUGUGUACAAGGAAGACUACAUUUGUUGCUUAUAUCGGCCGGGUUGUGUUUGGUUCAAACUGCGGUAUUGCCGAUGAUGCCUGAGGCGCUGCAAGUUGGAUAGCUCUGACGCUACCAGGAGUGGGCAUGUCCGGUCACGUUGCAUUGUUCUGUUUUCGGUUAGGCUCAUGGAGUUUUGACAGCCUUGCGUCUGGUCCUAGAUGCCUCCUUCAAUGAGUAGAUACAUACCGCAUUCCAAGUUAUUGUGGAUAACAGAGAUUUCUGCAUCCAUGGAUUGUGCUAGUUUACUUUUUUUUUAACUCCUCUAUUUUUGAGAUGUUACUGGUAAUAGCUAAAAAUCACAAUGUCUGACCCCUCAAUGUUUGUGAAUAAUAAAGAUCACAAUACAGAAAUAGAAG